AUAUCAUUUUUGUCCAUUACAUAAUUUUCAGUUCCCAAACUAAUCUUUCUUCUUCUUCUUGUCCUUUUCACAAGCUCUCUGUAUUUAGACUUUGACACCAAACUCUUCUGUCUCCCACUGAUCAGUGAUCUCGACUCACUGCACCUAUGACGACUCCGAAGUUUCUAUUCCUCUUCAUCUUCCUUAUUCACUUUGUAACUAUGUCCUCACGUGCCGACCUCCCCGGCACGUGGGAACUCCUCGUCGCCGAAGCCGGAAUUGCAUCCAUGCACACCGCCGUCACCCAUUUCAACACCGUCGUCCUCCUCGACCGCACCGACAUCGGCCCUUCCCGUAAACUCCUCCCUCCCCACCACUGCCGCGUGGACCCCAACGAUCCCAUUUUGAAAAAAGACUGCUACGCUCACUCUGUUCUACUCGAUUUACAAACAAACUCAAUUCGUCCUCUCAUGAUCCUCACCGACACGUGGUGCUCCUCCGGCCAAUUUCUCCCCGACGGCACGCUUCUUCACACCGGCGGCGACCUUGACGGCUUCCGCAAAUUCCGAAAAUUCACACCUUGUGAACCUUCAAACUCUCUCUGCGAUUGGGAAGAACUUCAAGAUACUCAACUGUCACAAGGCAGAUGGUAUGCAACUAACCAAAUACUACCAAACGGUGAAAUCAUAAUUGUCGGUGGUCGUGCUGCUAAUAGUGUUGAAUUUUUCCCACCUAGAAAAGAAGGAGCUUUUGAAUUCCCUUUCUUAACUCAAGCUGAAGACAAUCAACAUGAUAAUCUUUAUCCUUAUGUUCAUUUACUACCCAAUGGACAUCUCUUCAUUUUCGCUAACAAUAAAGCUGUAAUGUACGAUUAUAAUACAAAUAAAAUACUAAAAGAUUAUCCAAUACUAGAAGGUGGACCAAGAAAUUACCCAUCAGCAGGAUCAUCAGCAAUGUUAGCGUUAACAGAGGAUUAUUCCUCUGCUAUAAUUGUAAUUUGUGGUGGAGCUGAAUUCGGAGCGUAUUUACAAAGGAGUAGUGACACACCUGCUCAUGGAAGUUGUGGUCGAAUUGAAGCAACUGGAGAAAACCCAGUUUGGGAAAUGGAAGAUAUGCCUUUUGCUAGAAUUAUGGGUGAUAUGGUAAUGUUACCAACGGGUGAUAUUCUUAUUAUAAAUGGAGCUCAAGCUGGAACUCAAGGUUUUGAAAUGGCAUCAAAUCCAUGUUUGAAUCCUGUUUUGUAUAGGCCAAGUGAGCCUUUAGGACUUCGUUUUAUGACUUUGACGCCAGGAACAGUCCCAAGAAUGUAUCAUUCAACGGCAAAUUUACUGCCGGACGGUAGAAUUUUGCUCGCCGGAAGUAACCCUCAUUUUUUUUACAAGUUUGCUGCAGAAUUUCCAACGGAGUUACGGAUUGAAGCGUUUUCUCCGGAGUAUUUAUCGGCUGAUAAAGCCAAUAUUCGACCAGUUUUGGUGGAGUCGCCGGAAAAGGUGAAGUACCGUGAGGAUUUUGAGGUGGCGGUGACGGUGGAACUGCCGGUGGUUGGGAUUGUGGAGGUGAAUUUUGCGAGUGCUCCGUUUUCUACACAUUCGUUUUCGCAAGGGCAAAGGCUUGUGAAAUUGAGAGUAACCAGUGCUAUUCCUGAUGUUGCCGGAAAAUAUAAGAUCGGAUGUACGGCUCCGCUGGAUGGGAGGGUGGCGCCGCCGGGGUAUUACAUGGUAUUUGCAGUAAACCAAGGGGUGCCAAGUGUGGCACGAUGGGUCCAGCUUGUGGUUUGAAACUUUUUCCACUUUUCUUUUCUUUUUUAUUUUUAUUAGUAUAUGAUUUUCUCAUUUGUUUUCUUUAUUUAAUUAAUUCUGAAUCCUCAAACAUUUUAGAUUCUGCAAGUCUAAAUGAGACCGCAGAGUCUAUCAUUUUAUUAUCCUUUUCAAAUAGGUUGGAAAGAUAAUGAAAAGCACAAGUACUUUUAUGUUAUUUUUUCCUUAAAAGCU